AUGGAAGUAGAACUUUCAAAGGGGAGCGUGAACAGGUACUGGAGGAGAAGGCGGUACCGGCGACUCGACGCUGCAAACAGAAAGAAUGUGCAGAUCGUUAGGUUCGGAGGGCCUCGCCGGAGGUCGUGGAAGAUCAAAAUCAUCCCCAAGUUGCGUUUGAUGAAGAGAGCCAUAUCCUCAGCCUCGCCCAUGAAGCUUUGGGCCAGGUUCAAGAACGCUUAUAUCAACAUGAUGCUUAAUCUGGCGGGAAACGUUGGGGCGCUGAACGACGGAAAUGUUUUCCGCGGGAAACGGAUUCCCACGGCUCGCCAAGUUCCUACCGCUCCUUAUUCCAACGAUGAAUUUGAGAAUCGGCUUGUUUUCGAGAUUUACAAGGCCUUGAUGGCUUCCAGAGAAUUGAGUCAAUUGACUACCACUACUGCUACUGCAUAG